AUGGGGUUAAGAGACAUCGAAGCCACACUGCCUCCAGGCUUUAGAUUCUAUCCCAGCGACGAAGAGCUUGUCUGUCACUAUUUGUACAAGAAAGUCGUCGCAAAUAAUCAACGGCUUUCUAAGUAUACUUUGGUCGAAAUCGAUCUUCAUACUUGCGAGCCAUGGCAACUUCCUGAUGUGGCGAAGCUGAACUCGAAGGAGUGGUAUUUCUUCAGCUUUCGCGAUCGGAAAUAUGCGACCGGAUACCGGAGCAACAGGGCGACAAGCUGCGGCUACUGGAAAGGCACCGGGAAAGAUCGUCGGAUUCUUGACCCCGCCACCGGCACCGUUCUAGGGAUGAGAAAAACGUUGGUGUUCUACCACCAUAGAGCUCCCCAUGGCGUUAAAACUGAUUGGAUUAUGCACGAAUUUCGCCUCGAAAACCCCCAUAUCCCUCCCAAGGAAGACUGGGUACUGUGCAGGGUAUUCCAAAAAUCAAAAGCUACGGGGAUUUGCGACGAUAGCAUUGUCGGUGUAGGCGCCGCCGCUUCUACUUCUUCUCCUAACGCGGUCAAUAAUAAUGGUUUCUUGCCGGCGGGUUAUUCUCCGAUGAGUGGAGUCCCGGCGGGGAAUGUUGGAAUGGCCGCGCAGAGCAAGGGCGAAGAGGAUGAUGAAUAUGGCUUCUUUUUUAACGUGAAUUGUGAAGAAGCAAAUUUCCAAGCUCCAGGCGAAGGAGUUCCUUUGUGGAUUGAUGAGGAUUUCAGGUUUGAUAAUGGUGGAAAUGGCUUGCUUUUCAUCUGA